AUGCAAAGUUCAUACUCAUUUCCUGUUACUACGAUUAUAACGAUCGAAACAACAAAACCACUUUUACAAUACCUUCUCCAACGUGAUGUCUUAUCCACGGUUAAUUCUAUAGAUGCUGAAAGUGUUUUUGAUUAUUAUGUACAGAAAAUGCCAAACUACAGCUUUCAAAAAGUAUAUGACGCGCUAGGCAAGGAUUUAGAGGAAACCCUCGAUUCUCAGUUACUUAAUGAGCAAAUUACGCGUGUAUUGAGAAACAUCAGAGAUAAUUGGAACAUAUGGAAAACACGACUUCAAAUCCGAAAUUAUACAAAGACGUCCACUAAACAGAAGAAUAUUCGCGAAGUUCAGUUUCAAAAGACUGUUACAAAAUAUCAAAAAGGUGCCGCCAAAGUUACCACUGCAGAAGUUGAUAAAUGGACCAAUGAAAUAGUAAAUUUUAACAAAGGUACAAUCUAUAAUGAAAGCAAAGAAAAGGAAGAACCUAAGUGGGUGCUUAGGAAACGUAAACUAAUUAAAGUGAAUAAAGAAAUAAAUGAAAUCUCUAAUUCUUCAGUUGCAAAAUCAAAUAGACCAACAGAACCAGAUUUGGUGAUAGAUAAUAAUGGUAUAGAGCAAAAUCGGGUAUCAAAUAUGGAUUAUGAUAAUUUUACAAAGGCAUUUCAAGAACUUGAUGACAACAAAAAAUGGGUAUUAAGAUCUGGCAAAGUUGUUGAAGACGAGUUAUAUAAGUUUGGCAUGAAAUGCAAUGACAAAAGCCUUAUUGAAGAAAAAGUCUUUACUGAACUUGAACUCAUGGAAAUUCGUACACAUAAACUUAAAUCACUUCCGGAUAUGCCUCAAGAUUUGUUAGAAUAUCUUGGUAGUUACCAAUUGUCUACUAUUUCUGAUCUCAGAAUGCAAAUCUUUAAAUCAGAGUCAUGGAAGAUAUCUUAUAAUAGACAGAAAGAUUUUGACAAAGAUUGGAUACGAAAUACUAUUGAUAAUCUGAUUCGUGAAUAUGAAGUAGAUAGCCUAAAAAAAGAAGAUCAUUUAGAAGUAUGGUUAUUAUCACAUAUAUGGUUAUUUGUAGAUAGAGCGUUUGAAAAUAUAGAAGGUGUUCAAGCAAUAAGGGGAGAGUCUUGUAGUCUGGCUUCGUCAUCCCGAAAAAAUAGAAAUAGAAGAGUUGCAUCUGUAGAUUCAAUUCCAAGAAAAAUUAUGGGCAGACGAGGUGAUUUGAUAAUUCGUCGCAUGUCUAUGGAAUAUGGGUGUGGAGAAAUAGGUAAUUUAUAUGUAGGUUAUAAUGGUACAAAAAUCCUACGAGAAAGAGGCUUAAAAACGCCAAAGAUGAUGAAAGAUCAGUUUGAUGACUUAUGUGUUUAUACUAAAUGGAAUGAAAAGAAAAUUAGAAAACUUGAAACUAUUGGCUUUAUACAUGCAGGAAUAUUAGACUCUCCUGCAGGGUAUAUUGGUAGAAUUACUCGUUCUAAGAUGUUAACUAUUCCAUCAACUAUUAGUGAAUUUGGUGCUAGGGUUCUCCCUGUCAUUAUGCUUUCAUGGAAAGCAAAGAAAAUCGUUAGUAAUGUCAUUGAAAUGAUAAACCAAAUCGAUGAUGAAAACCCACUUCAAUCUCUUCAGCAAUCAUGUGAAAACAUUCCAUCUCUUUCUCUAUAUACUGAGGUUCAUCGCCCAACUACUUUUAGAACUCCACGCAAUA